AGCAGUCUGUGGGGUACACUGGGCAGGGGUUCAGAACUCUACUCUGAGUUCAACCACCCUGCAUGCUAAAAAUCAGCAGCCAUGGACCUUGUGCCAGGGAGCAGUGAGGAUGAGCAUCCAGAAAGUCCUAGGCUGGCCAACCCUCUCUGGAAGGACAGAGAAGAAAUGGACAGAGAUGAAAUUCAUCAGGAUGUUCAGGUUGUCUCUCAAAAGACCCAUCUGCCCUCCCUUGUGGUGGAAACUUCGGAGGUAAGUGAAGAGAGUGGGGAGCUCCGGUGGCCACAUGAGGAGCUGCUGUUGCUCACUGAUGAUGAGAGAGAAGAGGCCCAGGUCUGCUUCCAGAACCAAAGUGAAGAGCCAGGCUGGACAUGGAGCCCACUGGACCCCAGAUCUCCCUUAAGAACUGUUAACCCCCAACUCAGCUGGGGGCAGGAACAGGUAGAGCAAGACGCCUCCUGGAUUCCCGAGGAUACAGAGUGUGAGGAAGCACCCAGUCCCUGUCCUCCCUGGGACCCCACGGGCUUCCGUGUCUGCAGAAGCCACUAUGUGGAAUACCCCCACCUCCCUCCUCCCAGGAGCUUUGAGGGAGCUGAAGAAGAAACUGUUCAAGCGACGGCGGGUGUUGACUCGAGAGCGGCGGCUGAAGUACCGGGUUGUCGGGGCUGUGAUAGACGACGGGCUGAUCACGAAGCACCACCUCAAGAAGCGGGCGUCCAGUGCACGUGCCAACAUUACUCUGUCUGGGAAGAAGCGCAGAAAACUCCUCCAGCAGAUCCGUCUUUCCCAGAAGGAGAAAGCAGCCAUGGAAGUGGAAAUCCCUGCAAAGCCAGCCAGGACUAGUGGACCACAGACCAAACUUCAAAAGAAGACCAAAGCCCCCCAGGAUGUAGACAUGGAGGAUCUUGAAGAAGGGAGCUAAAUCUUAACCCUGUUCACCAGAAGAUUCUCAACUGGAGCCAGGAGGACUCAGUGGUUGUUUCAGAACAGUUUGGAGUAAACAUUGCACGUUUUCACUCUCCCCAGACCCCUUGUCCGAAUGGCCUAGUGACCUGCAGUGGAAGGAGGUGUUGAGAGGGGGCUUCUUAGCGGUCAACUCCAUUUGAAAUAAAGCCCUAGAGUUCUCACUGA